CGGAUCUUGCCCUUCCUCCGCCUCACUCUCUUCAGCGCGGGCCGCGCGCUGCCCCCCGGACCUGCCAGGCAGCAGCUGGGCUGGUUCUCACAGUUGUUGUCCCCUCGCCUGAGGUGCUGGAGGAGCGUCGAGGGCAGCCGCCGGGGAUCUUCGGUGCCCGCCGAGAUUCGAGUCAGGAAGGGCGGCGGCGCCGUGGUGGUGACCAUGGUGGGAUGUGGGUACCCAGAGCUGUAAAGGGAAGAAGGGGUCGAGCCCCGGCAGGGAUGAGCGGCUCGGGUCGCUAGGGACUGUUUACCCGGGCUUUAUAGGCUCAGAUGGUGGUACGGUCGGAUCGGCUGCUAGGAGAACAUGGCGGGGGAGUGAGAGGAGCAGCCAGCAGCGCCCUGUGUUGUUACACGGGGUGGGCACGCCCCCUUCCGCCCUCCCGCCAAUCGCCGUGCGAGAACGGAGAGAGCGGCGUGCCUCUCCGCAGGGCACCACCAAUCCCAGCGAACCGGUGGCCGCUCUGGCCCCACCCUGACCAAUCGGAAGCGACACAAACACUUGUGGCUCCGCCCGCUUCCGCAGGCCGCCCAAUCCGGGCAGACACAAACAACGGGCACGCCCCAGUCUCCGAGUCACGGGCUCGAAAUGCGAAGCGAGCGGGGACGAGAGCUUCCCCCGUUGAGCACCACCGGCCAAUCUCGCGCAGCGCAAGCGGCAUCGGCCGCGCCCCCUCGCGCCGCUCAGCCAAUCGGAGGAGACGUAAACAGGCGGCGAAGCGCCCCCCUGGAGGUGGAGGCGCGUACCCGGCCGGGCCUGCUAUGGAGGAGCCGGCGUCGCGGCCUGCUGCCGCUGCCGCUCCUCCAGCCGAGGAGGGAGCGAGCCGGGACGACCGCAGCUUGGAGGCCUUGAGCCUGGCCGCCGGCGGUGGAGCGGCGGCAGGACGUUCGCCGCCGGAGGGGCGGCAGCUGCCGGAGGGGCGGCGGGCUACUCUGGCGAGCGCCUUGGAGCUGGAGGGAACGGUGCUGCGCGAGGGGCAGCUCACGCAGUUCGUGGCCAACAACCUGGAGCGGCGGAUCCGGCUGAGCGGCGUGCCGCGGGGCGAGCCGGCGGCGGCGGCCGGCGGCAGCUCCAUCCCCGCCAUCGAUCCCGGGGCGCUGCAGGACGUGGUGGCGCUUGCCGGGCAGGUGGCGGCGCAGGUGGACGAGCUGCUGCGCAACGUGCACUGCGGGCUGCAGGCGCUGACGGCGCUCAGCGUCGGCUGCAUCCAGACCUACCGCGACGGUGUGGAGAGCCUGGGCGAGGCGGCCGACCUCAGCAUCCGCGCCAUGUACGCCCUGGUGGCGCGUUGCGAGGAGCUGGACCGCGCCAUGCAGCCCGUGCCCGCCCUGGCCAAGCGCAUCCGCGACAUGAAGGGCACGCUGGAGCGCCUCGAGGGGCUGUGCAAGUAGCUCUCGGCGCCAAAUGGCGGCCCGCGCGUCCCUCGGCGCCGCGGAGCUGUACGCGGGCCGGGCCGGGCUGGGCGGCCCAAGCUGCGGUCGGAGGGAGAGCGCUGAGCUGAAGCGCGGCACAUCGCUCGCGGCGCUUCCCGGCUUAACUCCAUUAAAGAAUUUGGACUCCUCACGCCUUACGCUUUCUAUUUAUUGAGGGCUAGGAAAACUGACCGAGCUCCAUUAAAAGCGACCGUUGGUGAUUCUGCCUGACCAACUUAGAAGUCGUUGUGAAUAGCUUUUUGAUGCUUACAGGCAUACGUGCUGCUUUGCAGCUGACUUGGUGCCUGAUAGGUGGAACUGUCUCUUACUGCUAGCUUUGUGUCGCAGCACACAACUAUAAGUGAUGGAAAUGGGAGAAUUCAAGUAUGUAGCCAAACACCAAAUCCAUGGAGCAGAACUGAGAUUCAGCUAAGAAAAGCCAAAUUGCAAAGUUCUAAAUAAAGGCCUUCAGGUAAUACA